AUGUCGUUCCAACGCUCCAGCGCCCUCGAAUCGCAGCCCACAACAUGGCGAAGGGACGACGAUCCGUCAUACGCCGAUGACCCAGAGUUCCGCGACUUCGCUGAUAAACUCUCCGAUGAUCUUUUCGCAUUGACUCGCAACGUUGCCCGUCUGUCGCAAGAGACCGCCAAGCUAGGAACCAAGCACGAGACAGCUCGUGUGCGCGAGCGCGUGAAGACGACUGUCGAAGAGACAUCAGACAAAUUCAAGGAGCUUGGAGAAGGGCUGAAGAAGAUCACAACCUGGCCUGAUGUUGGCCCCUCGCAAAAGUUUACGCAAUCGAAGCUUCAGCGCGAAUUCAAAGCAUCGCUCACCGAGUUCCAACACCUACAGAAGCAAGCGCUAGAGAAAGAGAAGCAAUCGGCACAAGCGGCACGCACCGCCCUCCAAGACGUAUCAUCGCCAAGCGAAGAGCGGGGAGGAGAGUUCGGGCAACAACAGGAGCAGGAGCAGCUGCGCUUGGCAAACCAGGAUGAGGUCGACUUCCAGGAAUCGAUGAUUAUCGAGCGCGAAUCUGAGAUCCGCAAUAUCGAGCAAUCAGUCGGCGAGCUCAACGAGCUGUUCCGUGAUGUUGCGCACAUGGUACAUGAGCAGGGAGCUCAACUCGACAUCAUCGAAGAGAACGUCGAGACCACGCACGACGCAUCGCGAGGCGCACAUGUGAACCUUAAGCAGGCGAGCAACUACCAGAAGAGCGCAAGGAGUAAGGCAUGCAUUCUACUGCUCAUUCUCGCCAUCGUUCUUGUCAUCAUCAUUCUUGCUGUCGUCUUGGAUUAG